AUGGCUGCCGUCGUGGAACCCGUCGUCGGGUGCCCUCACUUCCAUCAACACCCCAAACCCAAACACCCUCGCCCCCAUGGCAAGCGGCAGGGCCACCCCCGGCCCGGGAGUUGCUUCAGAAGGCCUCAUGUACUUGGGCACCCCGAACAACAGCGAGUUUCCAUCCGACCCUCUCGCAACUCCAAAGGGCAUCACCGGCUUACCCAUGGCCCUCACGUCCUCGUCGUAUCAGCCGUUGCCGAGCCCACCCAACGCCGGCAUCCUUCCCUUUUCCAGAGCCCUCCCCGCCCCUACCCCGACUCCCACCAGUGCUGGUCAACAUUUGGCCCUCGGCCUAUUGCCUGGGGGGCCAGGCUAUCCCCUCGGUGGUACUACUACUGCCGUUCUCGGCAAGCGGCUGUCCCCCGACCGCAUCGAGCCGAUGGAACCCGUACAAGGCCCACCAUCUGCUCGGCAACGACUUGGAGAAAGCUUUUGACGAGCAUGAACAAACGCAAUCCUCACGAUAUAUUUUCAACGACCAUUUUGUAUUUGUCUUCAGGCUUGUAUAUAGAAGUGGCACACCCCCCGGCUUGCAGGCAUUCCUUGUACUACCUACCUACCUACCUCCCUUGCUAA